AGAAAGAAAGAAAGGAUGCUAUUUGAAGAAAAGGGGAACAAAGAAAUCUGAGGGUAUAAAACCUCUGCAGCAGUGCGACUCUCCUGCACUGCAUCAGCUGAGGAGCGCGCGCUCCUUCUUUUCCAAACUCUCUCUGUUUCUUUCCAUCUCUCUCUUUCUGUCAGUCUGUCUGUCUAUCUCUUUCUCAUUCUCUCUCCCUCUCUCUCUGUCUGUCUUCCAUCAAGUGUCCAGCGCGUGCGAGUUGUGGUCCGGUUGGGAUCGAGGCACGCGUCGCAGGUGCUGUUCGGGUUCGAACUGGGUGAGCGCGCGCGCAAGUGUUGUUAUUCUUCGAGUUGCGCGCGACUUUUUUCAAAUAAAUAAAUAAAUAAAUAAACAAAGAGACCACGAUGACCACGCUGUUGCUGCUGCUGUCCUGCGCGAUGUGCGUUCACUCUCUGCCGCUGGGGGACAGCAGGACCAUCCGCAGGUACAUGGACGAGACGCCUUGGCCAGAGAAGAUUCAUCAUAAUGGUUUGAAAAAGAGGGGAAGGCUACCGCAUGCCCAAAGCACGCUGCACGAAGACGUUAAGAGGUGGCAACAUCAUCCCGCUGUCCCCAAGAACGGCAGUGAUGCCUGGAACAGGCCACGGUGUGGAGUCCCAGACUUCCCUUCAAAGCAAGACAGCUUCUAUGACGUAGUAUGGAGCCGGGGCCAACAUGGCGGACGGUAUAGACGCAAGAGAUUUGCUACAGUGAAGGGAUGGAACAAAACCAGCUUCACUUACAAGAUCCUGAGGAAGCCGUGGCAGAUGACUUGGGAGAAAGUGCGGGAGGUGUUCAGGGAAGCUGUACAGGUCUGGAGUCAUGUCACUCCUCUCACCUUCACCGAGGUUCAAUCGGGACAUGCUGACAUCAUCAUCGACUUCGCUAGGUAUGAACAUGGAGACAAGCUGCCUUUCGAUGGUCAAGGAGGAAUCUUGGCCCAUGCUUUCUUUCCGGGAACCCACCGGCAAGGAGAAAUGCACUUUGACUAUGAUGAGCAAUGGACUUUAGGCAACGGAAUGGGUACAGACUUGCUGCAGGUGGCCGUUCAUGAGCUCGGACACACUCUCGGGCUGCAGCACUCCAGAGCUCACGGCUCGGUGAUGUCCCCCUACUAUAUCUACUCCUACCCACCUCAGCUCAGCAAGGACGACGAGAGUGGCAUCCAGUCCCUGUACGGCAUCAAGGUUUUUCAUCAGAAGGAGCCAGAGUUAGAAACCAAUGACAUCAUUCCAGUACCUGAUGCCUGUAACACAGACUUCGACGCCGUGUCGAUGAUCCGCGGCGAGCUGUUCUUCUUUAAAUCGGGCUAUGUGUGGCGUAUCCGCGAUGGCAAACUGCAGGAUGGGUAUCCCGCUUUAGCCUCCAGACACUGGCGUGGAAUUCCUCAUAAUAUAGACGCGGCGUAUGAGGACACAUCUGGAAAUAUCUGGUUCUUUAAAGAUCAGAAUUACUUGGUGUAUGAUGCUGAAAAGCAAAUCAGAGGACCAGAGCCGGUGCAGAGCCUGGGACUUCCUGUUAAUAGCAUCCAGGCAGCCUUGAUGUGGGGUGAAGACAAGACCCAGAAGGUGUACUUCUUUAAGGGAGAAAACUACUGGCGUUUUAACCCCCAGGAGAACUGGGUGGACAUGAGUUAUGCUCGCACCAUGUUAGACUGGAGAGGAAUCCCCAAUGACAUUGACGCUGCUUUCCAGGAUCGCUAUGGUUUUGCCCAUUUCCUGAAAGGCAGACAGUAUUGGAAGUUUGACCCAGUGGAUGUCAGGGCUCUAAAGGAAUACCCCCGCAGCAUCGGCAUGGACUUCUUCAAUUGCCCCGAUUACAAAUAACUCUAAACCUCCACCUCAAACAGAGUUUGAGCAACUGAUCUUGGUUCUUGGUCGCCCGUAUUUCACCCUCAGACAUGUUGUAUGCUAUGGGGUUCUUCCCUUACCCCAAGUACAACAAUACAUAUACCCUCAUCACCAGGCAGGUUGGAUCGAAUGACUCCGAUGAAGAUUUCCAGCCACACGACCUUGACACUUCUCAGGAAAAGCAUGUACGCCUUGCCUUUCCUCAAUUCUUUAUUGUUUCUGCUCUCCUACGCAGAAUAUGUUUAUUUAUUAUCUGUAUAUUUUGCCAUCAUCUUCAGUAUUGUAGUUACUGCGAACUAAACAUCUACGUUUCUUUGUGAAGUGUUUUUUUCUUUUAUUUUUACACACAAAGGUGCUACAGUAACACACAGGGAAGGCUUCCUGUACCUCAGAUGUGAAAUUUUUUAUCCAAAGAAAUCAGCUCAGGUGUGUCAUUAAGGGCUGAGGUAGGAGAAACAUGAGUCUGUCGAAGGCAAACUUGACAUAUAUGCGUAAUUCUUUACGGUUUGUAACUUUCAGAAAGACUGAUACUUACACUGAGUACGAUAAGAUCGAACACCAGCGACAUAAAGUGGGAUCAUUUGUUCCUGCGAGCAAGUUUGCUGUUUUCUUUUUCACCUCAGCAGGCACGAUCUCACAGACACCAUGGCCACACACCCAGGUUUUUCUUUAUUGCAGUUUUAUUUUAAUGAAUUAAAAAACGACAUAUACUUCAUCCAUCCAUAGCUACAUUUUAUGUAAAAAAAAACAAAAAAACAACUUUCACGUAUGUUACAAAGUCUUUUCUCCACUUCCUUACUUUCUUUAUUUUUACUGAGCAUCUGGACAAUGCAGAUCCUGAAGACUUUGCCAUGGCAGAAAACCUAUUGUUAGAAAGCACUGACCACUGACACUGGAAACUCCUGCCAUAAAUGUUACAUAAACAUUGCAGAAAACUUCACCAUGUCAAAAAAUAAAUGUUUUUCAUUCUUAAAGAAAAACAAUCUGUUCAUUAUUAGUGUUUGAUCCUCCAUACUCAUAUAUAUAUAUAUAUAUAUA